AUGACAAAUAAAGCCGAUCACAAUCAAUCUGAAGCGGGAGUGGUUGAUUUAAAUAUAAUAUCUAACGAAUUAGUUAAGUCAAAGAAAAAAUGCUGUGGUUUAACUGUCAACGAUGCACUGAAAUUGUGUUCAAGUGCACUCGUUCCACUCAUGAUCGGUGUAUUGUCCGUCGUUUUCACGAUUCUACAACUACAAAUUGCUCAGAAAAAUCGAGAGAAAGAUUUGCAAAUAGCUAAUUUAACUCGACAACAAGAUUAUGAAAUUGCUGAAUUACGACGACAACAAGAUCAAAAUAUUUCCAAUCAAUUACGUGAAAAAGAUUUACAAAUCGCCAAUCUCACUCGUCAACAAGAUUAUUUAAUUGCAGAGCAACGUCGGCAACAAGAUAUUGAAUUGGCAAGAGAACAACGUGAACAAGAAAGAGAAUUUGAUGACCGACGACAAAAAGAUCAAGUUCUGUCUAGUUAUUUAAAGGAUAUGUCCGAUAUGUUAUUGCAAACAAAUAUUACUGUUUAUAGUGAAACAAGAUCGACUAUAUUUCGAGCGAAAACUUUAGCUGUCAUCCGACAACUAGAUCCGAAACGAAAUGCAUUUCUCAUUCAGUUUUUAUAA